GCCGCCUGCCACAUCUGGAGUCGCUCCACAGCACGACAAAAACUUCGACUUUUUACAGCGACACUCAGGCGUACGCGAAGUGUGUGUCCGUCAGGGUGAAUUGUGGCUUUCUCUUGGUAGUAAGUAGAGCUUCCUGAAGUUAAGUUGGCAUUUCUGUUCUUGUUUCGGAGUUUUGUUUUGGCCCCGUUUGGGAGUUUCAUACAUUCAGUUGCCGUCAAGCCACGCUACUUUUUGAUGAAGUUGAACGCGAUUUUCUCGAAAAUAAAAGAGCCUGCAUGACACAUUACGAAGUUGUGUCAUUGCCUAGUUUUUUUUUAUAACGAGCCAGUGACAGUGAAGUGUAGCCUACCAGGUAGUUGACGAGGAGACGUCAAUGAAAAGUCUGUAAUUUAACGCUGUUUCUGUGGUUAAAGGCUGCAUUUAAAGCCCGUUUUGACCCCUGCUGCUCCACUGCACGUUAUCUAUGUUGCGUUUAUGGCGACAUAAGUCACAGGGAAUCAAACAGCGAAAUUCAACAGCGACUUGGGUGAUGGAGUGACACAUUUAUGGCUUAUUUCAUUUAGUCCAACACUGAUCUAACAUUUGGAAAGGGAGACUGGAAUAAGCCAUAAGGCGCACGGCUCCAUACUGAAGUGUUUAAGUUAGUCUGAGGGGAAAUUUAAAAGACCUAAAAAUACAGCCUUGGUUUCUUCCCCUACAAAGAAUCAUUUGAACUUCCCACCGCAGAGCGAGAGCGACAUAAAUAGUUUCUGACAUGUGGAUGUAAUUUCAGAAGAAGGGGGGGAGAAAAAAAAAGAGACAGAUGCAGAGAAAUAAAGAGAGGGAGAGAGAGCUGAGCUGAGCCGGGCAUAUAGUGAGAUUAUAGGAAAUUAAAUCGAGGGCAGAGCGAGGCGAUUACCGAGUUAUGAUUUCACAGGCAGCCGUAAGCAUCGCGAGGCCAGAUGGAGUAAGAAAAAACACAAGUCGCUCCACUUUGAAGAGAGUUAAGUAGCUUCAGUCGUUUCAUCUGAGCAUCAUCAGCGUCUGUUUGAGGACUCUGAGAGGUAGAGCCGCCUCAGGUCCGGGAUGGGAUCCGCUCUGCUACUGUACAACCUGGACUUUCUGCUCAUCUCACUACUCAGCACUUUGUGCCUGGUCAACGCAGAUGAUGUUCUGACGAAAGAGGAACAGAUUGGCCUGUUGUUCAGAGCCAAACGGAAGUGUGAGGAAAACAUCAAAUCCAAGCACUUAAUACAUGAUAGUUCCUGCUCACCAGAAUGGGACGGGAUUGUUUGCUGGCCCGAAGGAGCUCCAGGAAAACUUGUAUCCACUGCGUGUCCAGAGUAUAUCUAUGACUUCAACCACAAAGGACUCGCAUACCGUCGGUGUGACAACAAUGGAACGUGGGAGCAGGCCACGACCAACAAGACGUGGGCCAAUUAUAACGAAUGUGCGAAAUUCCUCUACCAUUACAACCACAGCCAUGAAAAGGAGGUCUUUCACCGCCUCUACCUCAUCUACACUGUGGGCUACUCAAUCUCUCUGGGAUCACUCAUGGUGGCUGUGGUCAUCCUGGGAUAUUUCCGACGAUUACACUGCACCAGGAACUACAUCCACAUGCAUCUUUUUGUGUCCUACAUGCUCAGAGCUAUCAGCAUUUUUGUGAAAGAUAUCGUGCUCUACUCUGGAUCAGCCUUGGAAAACAUGGAAAGAGUCACAGUGGAAGACCUCAAGUCCAUCACCGAGGCACCGCCAGCCAACAAAACACAGUUUAUUGGCUGCAAAGUGGUCGUUACCUUGUUCAUGUACUUCUUGGCAACCAAUUACUACUGGAUCCUUGUAGAGGGACUUUACCUCCACAGCCUCAUCUUCAUGACCUUCUUCUCAGACAGAAAGUAUCUUUGGGGAUUCACUCUGAUUGGAUGGGGAGUACCAGCCAUAUUUGUGACAGUUUGGGCGACUGUGAGAGCGACUUUUGCAGACACAGAGUGUUGGGACUUAAGUGCGGGCAAUUUGAAAUGGAUUUAUCAAGUGCCUAUCCUGGCGGCCGUUGUGGUCAAUUUUAUGUUAUUUCUGAACAUAAUCAGAGUGUUGGCAACCAAGCUGCGAGAAACAAAUGCUGGAAGGUGCGACACAAGACAACAGUACAGGAAACUCCUAAAGUCCACGUUGGUGCUGAUGCCGCUCUUCGGCGUGCACUACAUCAUAUUCAACGCCAUGCCGUACACAGAGGUGUCUGGAGUUCCCUGGCUCAUCCAGAUGCACUAUGAGAUGCUGUUUAACUCUUUCCAGGGAUUCUUGGUGGCAAUUAUAUACUGCUUUUGCAAUGGAGAGGUGCAAGCCGAGAUCAAAAAGUCGUGGAGCAGGAGGACUCUGGCUCUGGACUUCAAGAGAAAAGCUCGGAGCGGAAGUAACACAUACAGCUAUGGACCCAUGGUGUCGCACACCAGUGUUACUAAUGUCACCGCCAGAGGACCGCACGCCCUCCACCUCACCACCAGGCUCGGUCCCGUGCCUGUGAACGGACACAGGAAUCUCCCCGGGUACGUAAAGAACGGCUCGGUCUCUGAGAACUCCAUACCUUCGUCGGGACAGGAGCUCCACCUGCCCGACGAGGAGCAUUCUGCAGCCACGCGGCCUUGCGAGGACGAGAAACCCUCCCCUGUGGUGGAGGAGGAGAGGGAGACAGUCAUGUGACCUGUAAGAAAUGGGGAAAAAAAACAUGAAACUGUCCUUUGCGGAUAGCUUCAUCGUUAACACUGCCAGUUUUUCCUCCUGUGAAGCGAGCAAAAGCAUUGCAGAGGGAUGAGGCCUGUGUCACAAAAAAAGGGUGUAUCUCUUAAAUGAGCCUGGCUGCCUUUAUUUGAGGGAGGGUGUCCCUCAUUUUUGUGGCAAAUUCCCUCAACUCUUUCACCAACCGCCUGCCACAUCGAAUGUGUAAUAAGACAAAAACCGACUGACACUUCUUAUGUCUUUUCCACUGCCAGAACAGUUGUUUUCUUGUUUUUGAAUUGCAUUUAUAUGUGCUCAGCUUUCAUGCGUAAAUCUAACCGGGGUUUGUUGCAGCGGUCGCCAUGAGCGGCCUUAAUCACCUAAAAGCCAGGUGAAUGUCUGAGUGCACUUAGAGACACAUGUGUGGGCAGUUCCAUCAGCAUGUUUUUCUUGUAAGUCAGCAUAAGUAGACUCGGCUUAAAAAUGAUUAAUGCUAGGUUUUGAGGCCUCUGGUCAUGCUCUGCAGCAUGGCUUCUCAAAUGACUAAAGUCCACUUCAGUGUUAAAGGGAAGGUACUCAGGUAAUUGAAGUCCUCUGUUGUUGCACACCUAUUUUUAUACUUUAAAAGUUGUGUUAUAGUCAGCAUUUCUCUGAGGAUAAUCGUGUUCUAUAUGAAGCUGUUGGAGUUUUUUUUGUUUUUUUUUGUUUUUUUCAAAUGUUGUACAAAUUUUGCUGUUUAAAAAGAACCUGUUUUUUAUUUCUCUGAUUUCAACAGAUGUCAAGGAGUUCAAAUGAAUGUUUCGUAUUUAGAUUUUCUCCAAAAAUCCCUUCUCUCUCUCUCUCUCUCUCUCUCUCUCUCUCUCUCUUACACACACACACACACACACACACACACACACACACACACACACACACACACACGUGGCCAACAUAGUUGACUUAUUUGAGAGCUGUUUCCCUCUCUUUGGGAUCAGUUAGCUGAGGUCAAGAGGAACUUUAUGGAAAUGAAAAAAAAAAAACAUCAUAUGAGUGAAAACGUUUUAAAAACACAGUUUGCAGGAAAUAGCCUUCAAUUCCACUGGAAUGUUAAUUAAAUGAGGAAUUCAAGAAAAAAAAAGAUCACAAAAACAUUUGUGCAGAUUAUGAAGGAAAACCUGGAAAUGUAUAACGUGUUACAUUUUACAGAUGCUCCAGUGAUAUGCUGCUUUUUGAUGUAAAUACAUACAAGUCAUAAUGUUUACAAAGAUCAGAAAUACAUUCUAAUUGUGAGCUAAUAGUGUUCAUGUAUAUUAAUAUGUUAUAAAGCUAUGUUUUCUUUUUCAAUGUGUUGGUUUACAGAAGUUUUGCAAUAUUUGAUGAUGUAUAUAGUCCCAAAAAAAACUGUUGAAUAUAUUUGCAGGUGACAGAGGGCAUACAAACAAGCGUUUCAUGAAGCAUUCCAGGAUAUAUUUGAAACUCUGUAACUUGUCAUUUACCCAGUUUGUCCGGAUUUUUUCGCAGGUUAUUUCACAUUGCAUCCCACACCAAAGAAAAAAGGCAUGGUAUGAUGUCGGAGGAAGUUAUGUUGCAGCCUUUCUUUGAUUUUUUUUUUUUUUUUUUACCAUGAUCUUGUUAACAAUGACCAAAAAAGUCUCAAAGUUGCAGUAAAUUGGAGCAGAUAUUAAGUAUAGGAAAGUGUCAAGAUAGAAGUAUUGAAGCAGAGAGCCCUAACAUACUUUAUUUAUGUGUAGUGUAAACAGCAGUAAGGCAGAUAAGAAAACCAAUGUAUACAGUCCGCAGCUCAGUGACAAUGGACUAAAACUGUCACAUUACAGCAGAUUUUUUUUUAUCUGGGACUAAUCCUGGUCUCUGUGUAGAUUGGUCGCUCUUUGGUUUGGAACAAAGUUGUGAUUUGGAAAACGAUUCAGUCCAUUUCAAAGAUACAUUCAAUUUUCAUUAUUUCAAUGACUUCUCACUGACUGAUUUAUUCUCCCAGUUCCCUAAAUCCAAGUUUGGAUCCAUUACAGUGUUUGCUUUGACUCAUUAUUGAAAGGUCAGAAACUAGUCUGUUUGCAGUUUUAACUCCUAACAAGUCCGUCCAGCAGGUGAAUACUACUUCUGAAAGAGUGGAUAGCAUGUUGGAUAAUGAAUACUUCUAUUUCAGAUUUGAUAUCAACCAAUCAAUGAGCCUUACACGAUUCAUUAACUGUUCACCAAGAAGUCACAUUUUAAAAUGGUUAGGUUGGUAAUAUUAUAUUUUUUCCUGUAUUAUGAAAAGAUGUCUUGACGUAACUUGAUCAUCUGGGCCACAGAUAUCCAGUGUUAUCUGAAAACUAAAGCAACGUCUUAAUCUUUGACUGUUAUGGGUGCGUGUAUUCUCACCACAAAGGAAAUUUGUCUUUGCAACAAAAUAUAUAUAUCUUCAAAACACUUAAGAAAUACCUACUGACCCCAUGUCAGCCACACAGAAACCAACUAUUCUGAUGCGUGUAUGCAGUUUGAACAUUCAGAAUUUCUAAGAAGUGCUUACGAUCCUCCAGAAAUUCAAAUUGGAUCCAACUUGAACUUUUCCAUGAAAAUGAAUCAUCGCUGCUAAUCAAGGUUGAGUGGACGGACUCAAAUCUUAAUAGCAUGAUCCUGCAGGCCACAAUGAUGGAAGACUGAGGAGACCUUUGUGAAAUAAUGAUGCAGUGAUUAAUAAUAAUUACUUUUAACUGGUCUCUUUCAUUUUUUAUAUAUACUGCAUUUUUCUCCAUUUUCUGGGAACCUCAUUCUGAAUGUUUUACCCAGUUAAAGAGUAGGUACAAAAAAUAUUUUCCAUUACAUUUGAAUGAUAUUUUUUUACAUUUUUUUUAUUUAAGCUGAAUAAAUUGACAUUGGGUAUGUAUACUGUCCUGUAAACCAGACAUUUUUCAGUAAUAGUGCAGCCGGUACAAGAGCAUGGACAUCUUAAAUUAAAAAAGAAACACUUUAAAAAUAAAAUUUGAGCACUUUAAUGCUAUAGAAAAGUAUUUUGUUCUGAUUGUAACAUGUACAAAGAUUGUGUUUUGGCAUCAAGUGUACAGAAAGGCCCAUCAUCUUAGAGCUAAUGUUGUAUUUUCAUUGUAUUUUAAAUACCUCUCAUGGAAGUAUACAGUGUGUUUCAUGGUCUUUUAUUUAUCUCAGUGGAGUCCAAAUGGGUCGUGAUGCUUCAGAUGCAGUAUGUGGAGGAGUGUUUGUUAAGGCACACCUCAUGGUGAUGAAGGCACGCUGUAGAUAUCAGUGUUAACUGUUUCUGAUCUCUAAUGUUUCAUCAGUGAAUUGUGAUUACGACAAUAAAUCCAGAAUUUUACUGUA